AUGUCUGACCAGACAGCUAAGAUCACGUCGAUAGAGCCAUUGGACUCCAAAGACUCCAAAUGGCUCAAACUUGUCAAGAUCAACUAUGAAGACAAGAACGGAAAACUGCGUACAUGGGAAGCCAUGCGGCGUCCGACGAAGCCCAAGACCAGCGCCGUAGACGCGAUUCAGAUCCUGGCUAUCCUGGACAAGGAGGACGGCCCCGAAGUGAUUCUGGAGAAGCAGUUUCGACCGCCCACAGGCAAGGUCGUAGUCGAUUUCCCGGCGGGCAUGGUCGAUGAGGGCGAGACCCCCGAGCAGGCCGCCGUUCGAGAGCUGAGGGAGGAGACGGGCUUCGUCGGCACAGUGAUUGCUGAAGAACGACCUGUGCAUUGGAACUCGCCUGCAUCAUCCAGUUCCUGCGUCUACAUGAUCCGGAUGAAUAUUGACCUGACCAAGCCCGAGAAUCGGAACCCCAAACCGGAGCUGGAGGAAGGCGAGUUCAUAGAGACCUUUACAGUGCCGCUCAAGGACCUUUACGCAGAAUGUCGCAAGCUCCACGCCCAAGGCUACGCAAUCGAUGGCAAGGUUGGCUCCUUUGCAGAGGCGCUUGAAUUGACGAAACCUUAUAGACGAAUACCAAUCACUGUUCAAACUGAGGGAAUCCAUCAACACGAGGAAGCCCCGUUGUCGCCCGGCUUGCCCGACCUUUAUCACCAUGCGCCGGGCGGCAAUUGUGGACCCCCAUGGCAUCCCUUCGUGCCCUUCACCCCGAGACCGCCCGUUUCUUCACUGCCCCACACCGAGAACAAGGCCCUCCCUCCAUGCUCCCCUGGUCCUCCCCUGGUCACUAUCAUGUCCACACCCGCAUCCUCGGCCAGGCAAAAGAGGCCCAAGAAACCAAAAGCUGCAAAUGCAAUCGAGGCGGCCGUGACUUCGUUCUUGGUCCAACGCCCACCUUCUCCUGAGCGUGACGUCCCGGUCCUGAUAUCCCAGGCCCCCAAAAGAUGGACCAUCUACGAGCCCAUGGUUCUGCUGCCUGCAGGUUCCUUCUCGUCACCACAAUGGACUGAAUUCCUCAACUCGCUUCCGGAGCCCGAGGCGUCGGACCUCUGGGCGGCCGUGCUGGCCCAGAUCUCCCGCACCGCUUCCAACAAGACGCCGCUCACGCACCUGGCCGCCAACGAGGGCAUCCCCCUGCACCUCCAGGACGGGGCCGAAGACGCGGAGGAGACCGAGAACGUGCUCCGCAGCCCGAGCGGCCUGCGGGUGCUGCACGGUGACUUUGGCGCUGCUCGGCUCGGCGGUGCAACCCCCGGGCUACAGGACUUCGCCGCCGCGUUCUGGGUCUCGACCCGGCAGAACGGCAUCUACCAGACGUGGGCGCCGCGCUGGACCAUGUUCAGCCGCGGCAACAUCAGCGAGAAGGCGAGGCUACUGGGUUUCCACUCGCCUUCUCCUUCCGACUUCGUGGGUAGGCCAUCGCAAUUUCAGCACAGGGUAGCACAGAGCAGCGAGCUGAGGGACAGGUAUGCCGUCGACCUCUACGCCGGCAUCGGCUACUUCGUCUUCUCGUACGCGAAGCUCGGCCUGCGCGUCUUGUGCUGGGAGUUGAACCCCUGGAGCGUAGAGGGCCUGCGACGAGGCGCCAUAGGGAACGGGUGGGAUGUGCGCGUGUUGCAGGGCGAGGAGCUGUCCAGUGUCGACAUGCGCGGGGUACUACGGGGCAAGGAGCGGAUUGUCGUGUUUCUGGAGGAUAAUGCCAAGGCUAGGGAGCGCCUUGCGCAAGUGGAUGCCCUCGAGAAUGACAGCGAAGUGCGAGGCGACGGUGAUGUGAAGGACGCGGUUGAGGUAUUGCAUGUCAACUGUGGUUUCUUGCCCACGAGCGAGCCCGUAUGGAGAGACGCGUGGGAGAUGGCCAGGCAGAAGGGGGCGGACAAGGCCUGGUUGCAUCUACAUGAGAACGUCGGAGUGAACGACAUCGAGGCUCGGAAAGGGGAGAUACAGAGACUGUUUGAGAGCUACAAGGGCGGGGACCACUCGAGGGAUGUAUCAGUUGAACACGUCGAGCUUGUCAAGACGUUUGCGCCUGGGGUCUGGCACUGCGUGUUUGACGUGUACGUUUAUAGUCGUACUUCGUCAAGACCAACUUGA